AUCUGCUGCCCCCCCCUUUAAGCUUCUCACGCCCCCCCUCCCCAUUUUCGCACCAUGGCCGUCGAGAAGGAAAAGAAGACCUGCGGGCAGGUCAUGACGGAGUGGAAAGAAUUCAUCUGGAACCCCCGGACGCAUCAGUUUAUGGGGCGCACCGGCAGCAGUUGGGCACUCAUCCUGCUCUUCUACCUGGUGUUCUAUGGCUUCCUCACCGCCCUCUUCACACUCACGAUGUGGGUAAUGCUGCAAACGGUGGAUCCCUUCAUCCCCAAGUACCAGGACCGUCUCUCUGUCCCAGGGAUGAUGAUUCGCCCUAAGACAGAAGCUCUAGAUAUCACCUACAAUGUCACCAACACCGAGUCUUGGGAGAAUUAUGUGAGGAUGCUAAAUUCCUUUUUGGAUGCUUACAACAAUUCCAGGCAAGUGGCCACCAAUGAGUUCUGCCACCCAGGGCGCUACAACGAGCAGCCGGACAACGGGGUGCCGAACUACCCCAAAAGAGCUUGCCAGUUCAACCGCACGGAGUUGAAGGACUGCUCGGGCCUCAAUGACACCACCUACGGCUACCGGGAGGGGCGCCCUUGCAUCCUGGUCAAACUGAACCGGGUCAUCAACUUCUACGCAGGAGAGAACAAGACCGUGAAUAUCUCUUGCAUGGCAAAGAAAGAUGAAGAUGCACAGAAACUCGGAGACAUUGAAAUGUUCCCACCCCACGGGAACAUUGACCUAAUGUACUUCCCUUACUAUGGCAAAAAAGUCCAAGUAAACUACACCCAGCCUGUUGUGGCCGUCAAGUUCCUCAACCUCACGUUCAACUUUGACCACUACGUGGAAUGCAAGGUCAACGCAGCCAACAUUGCCGUAACCGACGAGCGGGACAAGUUUGCCGGCCGUGUGGCUUUCAAGAUCCGCGUCAACAAAGACUAAGCUACUCUGGGUCCUUCCUCCAUCCAUCCCCUUGCACCCUCAAAAGCUCCUCUUUCCUUAAGGCUCUGUCCGCUGUCUGGACAGAGCUUAGGGCGGUUGGCACAUAGAUGUUGAAGGAAGGGCGGGUGAUGGUGGGUGUGCGGGAUUUGGGGGCUCUCCUGACCAGUGCUGCUCUUCCUAGGGUCACUAACCUUUGCUAUUAGACAAUCCCAGCUCCCUGAACCCUAAAACUGAAGGCUUUGCUUCCACCCACCACUCACCCCCAUCUUCCCUGCCUCCUCCUUUCCAAUCCCAAUGUCUGGAAUGCUACUUCGGCUCGUUCUAACCUCAUUACUUGCUUUAUCCUGUCUCACCCCACAUAUGGUCUGUGGGGAGCUCAGAGGCUGUGACCCCCUCCCUUGAUUUCCCCCUCCACCCCGCCCUGGAGAUAUUUCCUAAUAUAAUAAUAAAUGUAUAUAGAUAUUUUUUAUAUAUAUUAAAAAUUAAGGUACUGCUGAAUCCUCUGUAUUUUCCUGCUCUUUC